AUGGGGACGCGUCGGGUGCGGACGGAAGCCGGCGACCUGACGUUGUUCUUCUCCAAGGCCUCGCCCUUCUCCAACUUCCAUCCGUGCAACUUCGUCGUCGUUGGAGACGACGACACCCUCCAGAAGUUCUCCUGCGUCGAGCAGUUCUACAUGUUCGUUUUGAAAAGAUCACACUUCUGAAGUUGGAAUUGCGGAAAAGGGGUGCAAAAUGGCUGAUAAAAGGGUUCCAUUUUGCAUCCUUUAUUGAGCCUUUCUUUCUUGGUGGGCUGAAAAGCCUCAAAAAAGGGUCCAAAAAGGGUGCUGAAAGGCCAUUCCGAUUUUAUUACUGUAGCACAUUUUAGUUCAUACACAGUCCCUUAUCAAUUUUAAAAUUUUGUGUUUCUCAAAGGGCCCAAAAGGGUGGAUAAAGGGCGUAAAAUGAAAGGGAAACUGUUGCUACCCGUUUGGGAUCAAUUGAUGGGAAACCUUUUUGCAUCUAUAACAUACCCUUAAAGGGCUUGUUAAGGGUCCUUCCUUUCCAAGCAGCCCUUAAGGAACCUCUUAAGUGGCCACUGGAGCCUAAGCAAAAAAAAAUUCCGUGGGUUUUUACGAAGAUGGUUCAUGCCGCGCCAGCUUGUCACGUUUUUCGAUUUCCUGGCAGCCUGAUAAACUUCAUUCAGGUACCACAAAGCUCUAACCUUUGGCGACACGGAAUCGGCGCAGAAAAUCCUGAAAACCAGGGAUCCGAAGGAAAUGAAACGGAUCGGCAAGGAAAUCGUCGGCUUUUCAGAUCCAGUGUUGGUUUUUUCUUCUUGUAGAAUCACUGUUAAAGUUUUUUUCUGUUCAUUUUUUGUAUGGGCUGGAGAAAAGUUAGUAAGUUUCAAGAAAUAUCGAACCGAAUAAUUGCUUUUUCAUUAUUUUUUAGAUCUUACAUCAAUUUUCUUUUUUUUUAGUAACCUAGAAAACUUUUUUGAACGGAUUAUGAGUUUUUAAAAAAAACGUUUAGAAAGCGAAUAAUCGAACUUUUUGAACCAAAAAAAGACGUUCAAAUUUUUUUUGAGGUUUUUUUGGCCUUCCCCACUGUGUUCCGGGCUUAUUAUGGCUUCCAAGAUCAAGAAAUCUUUCCCCAAUUUAUAAUAUUUUACAAGCCUUCAUCCCCAAGUGUACACUUACACGUGUGAGAAGUUACAAUUUCGUCAGAAAAAUCACGAAGAAAACGCUUUUUUGAUUAAAACUUGUUUGUAUGUAGUUUGAUCUUCCUGAAAUCUUCUGAAGCUGGGAUGACUGUUAUUUGUGAAACUCUGAUGGAAUUUUAGCACGCAGGAAAAAAAAAACGCAGCUUUUUAGAGUUUCAAGAAGAUCAGGUUCUAUUAAAAGUUAAAAAAAAAAUUUUUUUUUUCGUUUUUUUUUCUGACGGUACUGUUUAAUUGUGAAAAUAAUUAAAAAAAGGGCGAAAAUUUCCCAGAAAUCGGAAUAAAAAAAAAUUUUUUUGAGUUUUUUUGAAACGCCAAAACCUGAAUAGAGCUCAAAACUCUUGUGGCCACUAAAGCUUGAAAAAGGGGUCCCUAUAGGGUUUUUUAGUUAGUAAUCAUUAUGAAAUCUAAGUGAACAGGCAUUUCCAUGAGAGAAACUGAAUACAAAAGCGUUUUGUUUUAAAUAAAAUUGAGACACCCCUAUAGGGUCCACUCGAGCUUUAAAGACUAAAAGAUCAGACCCUAAAUCCCUAUAGGGACCACCUCGAUAUUACCCCCAUAGGGACCAUUUUUUCAGCCCCUAUCUGUACUGUUUUCCCCCCAACCCCUAUAGGGACCACUCUAGGAUUCCUAAGAUUACGAACAACUCUCCAGUUGGGACAACUACAAAAAAGACGUGAUGAAAAACGGGCUCCGGGCCAAAUUCGGGCAGAAUCAACGCCUACGGGAGUGUAUCUUCGCCGCGCACGACAGCCGCCUCGUCGAGUGCAGCCCGAUGGAUAGGAUUUGGGGCAUCGGUUCGUUGGAUUUUACUUUAUUUGUUUCAAUAAUUUCACAUCCCAGGAUUGGCGGUCGACAACGCCCAGGCUGAAAACCCCGCCCUGUGGAGAGGGACCAACUUACUUGGGACUAUCAUGGACGAAGUGAGGGACGAACUCUGGUCUGAGGAUGGUUUCAGGUGGGAGAAAUGGAACUGACAAAAAAACAAAAUAUGCCUAGUCCGGCGUGAUAGAAAAGCGAUAUCGCGAGCAGUACAUCGCAAAAUUUUCUGAGUGCAUAAGAAAAGCGAGAGAAAUGCGAUGUCGCGCCUAGAGAAAUGCGAGAUUCGCGCGAAAACAGAGCGCGAUAUCGCAAGUGCAUCGGCGACAUCGCAAAAUUUCCUGAGUGCAUAAGAAAAGCGAGAGAGAUGCGAUGUCGCGCCUAGAAAUUUGCGAGAUUCGCGCGCGGACAGAGCGCGAUAACGCGAGCCGUACAUCGGCGACAUCGCUAAAAUUUUCUUAGUGCAUAAGAAAGCGAGUGAAAUGCGAUGUCGCGCCCAGAAAAUUGCGAGAUUCGCGCGAGGACAGAGCGCGAUAUCGAAACUUGCAUUUACCUUGGCGCGACCUCGCGUGUCUUUCGUUUUUUCUUACGCACUUAAAAAAAGUGGAAGAAAUUUUAAAAUGUGAAAUCGCGCCAAGAAAAACGCGAUGUCGCGCCGAGAAGAAUGCGAUAUCCCGUCAAGAAAAACGCGACAUCGCGCUAAAAAAAAAAAUGCGAUAUCGCGCCGAGGAAACAGAAGCGACCACAAACCAGUGCAUUUUCGAUCAAUGUACCGCCAGCGACAUCGCGGCUAUUUUUGCAAUGCUUUUCAGCCAGAGAAAGAAAAUUGAGUAUCGAAAAAAUCUUUAAAACGAUAGAUGUUCUUUGGAUCCACUAAAAAUGACCUUAAGAUUUCCUUAAAAGACGCUAGAAUAUGUUUCAAGUAGGUGUUUUGCCCCUAUUUUGCGGUUUUCCUUGAGCUUUUUUGGAACCUUGGCUUCUAGAAGAUUGAAGCCAUUUUUCGGGCCUUGCAGAAAAAAUAAUAAAAGUUGGGAGCUGUAAAAAUAUAAGGGACCUUUGUUUUCCUGUGUUGAUGUUCCAUUGAAACAAAAUCUUCGAAAUUUUCUGAAAAAUCAUGAUUUUCGUAGAAGAUCAAAAGGUUUUCAGAGCCGAAAGGGAAUCGGUGGAAAACGAGAUGAGGUCGAACCCCGACUAUUGUAUUCAAUUUUUCGAGAAGAAUUUCGGAGUCGUGCCCGUUUCUGCGGCAUCAGCUCCACGGCCGAGACUUAGGUGAGCGAAAAAUUUUGAAAAAAAAAAAAAUCAUGCGCGGCUCCUCAAAAUGAAUAGAAAGUUAUAGGUCAUUCCGCGCCAGCUUUUUACGAUUUCCAGUUUAUUUUGAGCUACAGUAGCCUUUUCGGCGCUUCGCUUCGAUGCUCUCGGUGUGCCCCCUUGCGUGCGCCUUUAAUAAAACUCAUUAUUUCCGAAUUUUGGAAUUUUCUUAUUCUACAAAAACAGUUGUAACAUCAAAUUUUAUAUCAAACUAACCCAAAAAUAAUAUGCAAGAAAAGCUCGAACAGUCGGUUUCAUCAAUAACAAUCAAAAUUAUUGAAUUAAUCUUUUUUUUCUUUUUUUUUUUUUACAAAUCCAGCACAGAAUCUGAGUGUGUAUAGUUGAAGCGAAAAAUAAAAUUAAUCCAUUGAAAAAACCUCGUUAAUAAAAGAGAUAGCGGAAAUUGAAGCAAUAUCUUGAUCAGAAAUAAUGUUUUAUUAAAGGCGCAUGCAGGGGGGAACACCGAGAGCAUCAAAAAAAAAAGCGAAGCCCAGAAAGGGGUUCUAUAGUUCCGAGGAAAAUUAAAAUCGUGACAAGCUGGCGCGGAAUGACCUUUAGACAUUUUUCAAAUUGAAACUUUCAAAGUUAUUUCAAGAUUUUCUUAUGACUUCUUUCCAGUAAAUUUUUUUAUAUCCGAUUUUUUUAAAUGAGCCCUUUAGUGAAAGAUUAUAGCUUUAUAUAUUUUUUUCCUCGGUAUUUUUUUGAAAUUUAACAGAAAAGUUGAGAAAUUUGAAAUAUCAAAAAAACUUUCAUUACAGAAUAGUUUUUGAGCUUUUUCAAAAUUAUAGUUGAUUUUAACAGGAACUUAUUUUUUUAAAGAAAGGUUCUUACUUCAGAGAGUUGAAAAAAAGAGAAAGUUUUACACCCUAAAAAGUUAUAAUUAAAUGAGUUAAUUUUUUUGUUGAACUUUUUAUUAAAUUAAAAAGAAAGAAAACUUCUGGCUUUUAGUUUUUCAAGGAAUUCCAGGUAGAUAUAUCAAUAUUAGGGCGGAUCCUUUUUCUAAGGUCGACCUUCUAGUUUUUAAAUUUAAGUUUGAACGGGGCUAGAAGGCUAGAAACUUGAUUUUAUUUCUGAUGAAAAUUAGUUUUAUUUCGGCCACAGGGCUACGGGGCGACCCGCAAAAGUUGAAUUUUAAAAAGAAAAAAAUUUUCUUAACACUUUCAUAAGCUCCUCUUCACCCCUUUUCUACGUCUUUUCUAUUAUUUUCUAACUUUGCGGGUCGUUUCUCCCCGGGGCGACCCGUCAGCAUCUCUGCUUGCCCACGUGGGUUCUCACGUUUUUCCAGUCAGCAGUUCAACGUGAGGAAGACGUCCGAGGAGCUGCGCCGUCGCCGAACCGACCACGGCCGGUUUCCGCUCGCCGCCACCAACUCGCCGCCCUUCAAACUCAGCCGCGCCGACGCGAUUCCCGAUGAAAGGUUUGAUAUAGCUGAUUCACGGCUGGCUAGGACCUUCGAAAAAAGGUCCUGACACGAUAAUGCACGAGAUAGUGCUUGGCUCGCGGUAUUUUGAAUGAAAAGCAUAACUGAAAACGUAAUUUUCCCUAAAAAGUCUAAUAUUUAACUUGAAGAAAAGUUGCCCUCUUUGGGCCCGGCUGGGCAGAGUCGGGCUUAAAAUGGUCUAAAGACGGGCCAGCCCUUGCACUAGCCUGAAAUGAGGUGGAAUUUAUGUAAACCAUUUUUUUUUUGAGGCGUUUUCUUGUAUUUUUGCAAUUUAUUCACCUAUUUUGUCAUGUAGAAAAUCACAGCGAAGUAAAAGAAAAAGUUAGAAAUUCUGUCAUUAAAGGCGACUUGGGCCAUCCCGGACUAUAGUCAUCAUUUUUUCAGAAGAAGCCUGCGCACACUCGGGCCUAAGGCGGGCUAUGAAUUAUUUAUUUAAGCUCUGAUUUUCACCAAAAAGCUCUUUUUAAUCGAUGAAUCAUGAUUUUUGCUGAUUUUGAAGGAAUAAGAACUGAAAAAAAAAAAAGGAUUUUCGCCGGAAAAAAUCUUAUAUUUGACAUGAAGAGAGGUUGCCCUCUUUGGGCCCGGCCGGGCCGAGUCGGGCUCAAAAUGGGCUGAAGACGGGCCAGUCCUUGCACAAGCCUGAAAAAAAUAGUGAAUUUUUUUAAGAGAGAAAAAAAUUCCAUCUUACAGAUUCUGGAAAAAAACGCGCUCCAUGGCUAAUUUAGAAAUAAAAAAAGAUAUAUUUGUAUUUUUUUGUUAAUUUUUACGACAUUAGUUUUUAGAGAAUUUUUUUAAAAAAAUUUCUGCUCUUUUUGCCUUUUUUUCCAUUUUUCUUCAUGAAUCUUACGGGCAUGGAAAAUAGGUAAAUAUUCAAAAUUAAGAUAUUCUAAAGCAUUUGUACGAAAAAAACCACCAUUUCCAGAAGGAAACGAAGACGAAGCGCCUCGGCGACGUCGGAAUCUUCAGAAGAUUCCAGGGAUCGUAGAAGACAUCGAGAAUCGUCGUCCAGACGACGUCGGGACCGUGACAGACGGUCUUCGAAAAGGAAUAGGUUUGGAAGAGAAAAUAAUCAAGUUUCCGAUGACUUUUUGGUAAAUUCAAGUGCUUUUUUGAACCUUUUGAGACGGUAGAUUUGGCAAAAAUAAUUUUGGAAGAUUAAAAAUUAUUUACAGUAUUUACGCGUAAACAAAAAAAAAUAGGAUUAGAUCAACUACCGUAACCCUAAGUCUUCUUUGCGCUUUUCGCUUCGAGACCCGAAAACUGGGAAUGUGUGGUUUUUGGCUCAAAAUGAAUGACCCAUUGACUACAGUAUUAACGCGUAAAAAGAACUACCGUAAACUUAGAAUUUCUUUGCGCUUUUCGCUUCGAGACCUGUAAACCGAAAAUAUGCGAUUUUUGGCUCGAAAUAAAUGACCCAUUCGGUUGACUACUGUAUUAACGCGUCAAAAUAUAAGAAUAGAUUGAACUACCGUAACCCUAGCUCAUCAUUGCCCUUUUCGCUUCGAGACCUGUAAACGGAAAAAGGGAUUUUUUGCCCAUAAAAAUGUUACAAGCAAAAAAAAGCCUAUAGCCAUAGAUCUACAUGAAAGCGUUGAAUUUUUUAUAAGGAUCCUGUAUUUUUUUUUUUCUUGAUUUACGCUAUUUUUAGAAAGAAACAUCACGUUUUUUUAAAUGUAAUAACUGUUCUGCAAAAAGUAGAUUUUAGCAGCAGUAGACGUGACCGAAAACGAUCGCGAAGCCCGCGAAGGAAAAGAAGACGUACGUCUUCUCCGUCGUCGUCAGUGUCUGAUUCUGAAGAGGAUCGAAGGUCGUCGAAGCGAAAAGACGAGAAGAAAAAGCCGAAUCGGAAGGAGCGAAGGCGGGAUUUGGAAAAGGGCCGCGAAAAGAGCCGAUCGUCGGCUGAGAAAGAUAUUGGUUCGUCCAUUUUUUCCUAGAAUGGUAAGAAGAAUUCCGGAUUGUCAGUUCUAGACACAGAGUUUUUUAACGACGCCCCGCCCUUUUUUCCGUAAAGUUUAGUGUUUCAUGUGCAUGCACUGCGGCGCUCUCGCGCAUGCCGUGCUCAAAAUAAUUCCCGCCAAAUUAGAAAUUACCGAAACUCUGUACUAUUUUUUGCACUUUCUGCCGACUAUGGAAUCACUUUAAACACGGCAUGUGCUCAAAAAAAGUGGAAAAAUUGCGUUUUCUUUCAAUGAAAAUCCGAUUCCUCUCAUGACCCAAUGAGCAUGCGCCUUUAAUAUUCCCUGUUGUUUACGAUUAUUUCCUAUGACGUCCUCAAUUUUUGGAUUCGAAUUUUCUUUUAACGCCGUGCAGAACUUGUGGUAGAAGAUCCGAAAAUGCGCUUAUAGGAAGUGGGUAUUUUUGAGUAAAAAAGGGAUUUUAAUUACGCGCCACAGCGAAGGAUUGCUUAAAAAAAUGAGAAAUUAGUUAUUUUAGAACUUUGAUUUUAUUGGUAUGUGACAGUUUUUCGAAUCCAGUCGUCGCCCGAUUUCAUCCCGCUAUGACGUUAUUUGAUAAAUUGAUUAAAAAAAUUUAUCUUGAAAGCUUUUUGAAGUAACAAUUUGUUUAGAUUUGGGUAUAAAAAGUUGAAGCUAAUUUCUCACGUUUUUUUACAGUUUUACCAGCAUUUCUAGCCUAAUUCGAAUAAGGAAGUUAUCCAAAAACCAUACUAUUAAACAAUAAUAAUAAUUAUUAUUAUGCCGCAGCGGGAUUAAAUCGGGCGACGGCGGGACCUCGAAAAAAAAUGCUUUAAAACUGUAUGGUUCUAUAGCAGAAGAAGUAAGAAUAGAAUCCUGAAAAAAAUCGAAAAAUAAACGAAAAGUGUGAAUUUUCGUUUUGACCAUAGAGCAACUUUACUGCAAAUAUUAUUUUUUUCAGUUAUUCCGCCAAACUCAAAAUAGAUUAUAGAGAGUGUAAAAGAAGUGAAUUUUGGAGUGUCAGAGAUCAUUUUGAAUCACUUUGAACGGAGUACUUCCCGCUUCAGGAAAAAGUGACAAUUUUCAGACGCGAUUCUGGAGAGUCACUUUGCGGACCUCGACCGCAAAAGCCUCUCGAUUACGGUGACGUCAGACCCGGGCCAGGAAGAAUCUUCCUCGAAAAAAGACGUCCUUAUUGGUAAUGAACUUCUGGGAUUUAGAUCAGGCUAGAGGGCCGGCCCGUCUAUCGACCUCCGGGCCAUAUUCUGAGCCCGGUCCGGCCCGGCCCGGCCAAAAAGUCAAAAAUGAGACACAACCUGACGCACAAGCCUGGUAGAGAUGAAACAACUGGGAAAGUUGAAAAAUUGGCCCCAAUCGGCAAAAAAUGGUUUGAAAGGGCGCUCCACGGAUCAUCCCUCUUAACCAAAAUUAUGGAAACAGGAAAACCCAUCUUAUUAUUUAAAAAAGAAAGGAAAAACUAAAUAAUCUACACGUUGUCCGUGGAGCACACUCUCCAUCAUAAGGCCCAGCCUGACGCACAAGCCUGGUAGAGAUGAAACAACUGGGAAAGUUGAAAAAUUGGCCCCAAUCGGCAAAAAAUGGUUUGAAAGUGCGCUCCACGGGUCAUGUCUUUCAACUAAAGUUUUGAAAGUUGGUAAUCUUAUUUUAACCCUUAAAAAAUGAAAAUUCAUCAAAAAAAUCUACACGUUGUCCGUGGAGCACACUUUCCACCAUUUUUUCGCCGAAUUUGGAAAAAUUUCACGCAGUUGCUCAUUAUAAACAGCGUCUUCACGCUGUGGCCCGAUUUUCGCCGUUUUUCAGGGCCGGCCCGGAAUUUUUCUAAUCCAGCCCGGCCUUGCGCAAGGUAAAACGGGCCCGCCCGGCCCAAAAAGCUCAAAUCUUCUACAGCUACGAUUAUCAGAAUUUUUCGACAGAAAUCUCGUUUUGGUUAAUUUUCACGAGGGCUGGCCCGGCAGUUUCGUGGGCCCAACCAGCCCCUAGGCAAGAAAAAAACGGGCCCGCCCGGCCCAAAAAGCUCAAAUCUUCUACAGCUACGAUUAUCAGAAUUUUUCGACAGAAAUCUCGUUUUGGUUAAUUUUCACGAGGGCUGGCCCGGCAGUUUCGUGGGCCCAACCAGCCCCUAGGCAAGAAAAAAACGGGCCCGCCCGAUCCAAAAAGCUCAAAUUUUCUUCAGCUACGAUUAUCAGAAUUUUUCGACAGAAAUCUCGUUUUGGUUAAUUUUCACGAGGGCUGGCCCGGCAGUUUUGAGCGCCCGACCAGGCCCUAGGCAAGAAAAAACGGGCCCGAAAAGCGCAAAUUUUCUUCAGUUUUUAGUUUUUCUCGUUUUUAGUUCAUUUUCACUCAAAAUUUACCGGGUCAAGGGGAAAAUUUUUCGAAUUUUGGCCUGGCCCAAGCUCUUCGCAAAAAAUGGAGCCCCACAGCCCGGGCCAGCCUGACGCACAAGCCCGAUCAAAUACCCAACUUCUUCUACGAGAAAAUAUUCCCAUUUUUUCUCUAGAACUCGCCGAACCGACGACUUCGUCUGAAAAGGAGCUUCUCCUGGAAACAUCGCCCCUUCUGCCGAUCCCUUUCAAAAUCAACUUGAAAGAUAGCCGAGAAGCUUUGCUUGAAAAAGGUUGCAAGUAAAAAAAAAAGUAUGCAUUUUUCCUCGAAAACUCGAACAUUUUUUAGAAAUUGCUGAACCAACGACUUCCGCCUCCAUCGAUAUUACAACCCCUUCAGUGGUUCGAGUUGAAAAGAAAGGUUUGGCCAUUUUUUCGUAGGAAAAUCUGCUUCAUUGACAAAGGGGCUCGAAGGGGAAAAAUCGGCAUUUUUUCUAAAGAAAAGUUGCUCCAUUGAUAAAGGGGCUCGCGGAGAAAGAAAAAUCGGCAUUUUUUUCGAUGGAUGAUCUGCUCUAUUGAUAUCGGAGCUUUAAACAGAAAAAUUGCCCUUUUUCGAUAGCAUAACCUGCUCCUUUGAAAGGUAGAAAAAAGUUUGGCCGUUUUUUCGUGGGAAAAUCUGCCCCAUUGAUAAAGAGGUUCGAAGGAGAAGAAUCGGCAUUUUUUUUUAGAGAAAAUCCGCUCCAUUGAUAAACGGUCUUGAAGGAGAGGAAUUGGCCUUUUUUCGAUAGGAAAAUUAGCUCCAUUGAUAAAGGGCCUCAAAGGAGAAAAAUCGGCAUUUUUUUCUGGAGUAAAUUUGCUCCAUUGAUAAAGGGGGCCUUACGUAGAGAGAUUGGCUGGAAACAGGCAUAAUUAAUUUUUUAGAAACUUUGAACGUAAUCUUGAAUGAAAUGAAAAGCUAUUGGAUCUGUAGCUUGUUUUCCAGAAAUCUCCGAACCUUUGACGAAAUUCCGAGUGAAUUUGGACUUGGAAGAUUUGCCGCCCCUGCCACCCACGCCACCGCCGGUAAUAAAUGAAGAAAAUCGGGAAUCUUCUGAUGGAAAAGGUGAUUUUUAGUGGUACUGUAGCUGGUAGUACUGUAACUAGUAUUACUGUAACUGUUUUUACUGUAGCUGGUAGUACUGUAGCUAGUGUUACUGUAGCUGGGAGUACUGCACCUGUAACUACUGUAGCUGGUCGUACUGUAGCUAGUGAUACUGUAACUAUUUUUUACUUUAGCUGGUAGUACUGCACCUGUAACUACUGUAGCUGGUCGUGCUGUAGCUAGUGAUACUACAACUAUUUUUUACUGUAGCUGGUAGUACGGCACCUGUAACUACUGUAGCUGGUAGUACUGUAGCUAGUGAUACUGUAACUAUUUUUUACUGUAGCUGGUAGUACGGCACCUGUAACUACUGUAGCUGGUAGUACUGUAGCUAGUGAUACUGUAACUAUUUUUUACUGUAGCUGGUAGUACGGCACCUGUAACUACUGUAGCUGGUAGUACUGUAGCUAGUGAUACUGUAACUAUUUUUUACUGUAGCUGGUAGUACGGCACCUGUAACUACUGUAGCUGGUAGUCAUGAGUUGGAUGUCAAAUGUCUGUCUCAAAUCAAUAUCGAUAAGUUCAGGUUUGAAACAAAUACAUAUCUUUUUUUCAGAAAGCACAACCGGUGGAGAGAAGAAAAAACGCCGGCCCGACAUUCAACUGUACGUUGCGCGGCCGUCGUCUCUGAGUGACAAGGAAAAAAGCGCCAAGGUCUGGAAAAUUGCGAGAAAAAACAGCCCCGCAAUGAGAAUGGGUCAAAAAUGCCACACUCGAACCUUUGUAACGGUAACCGGAUCUUUAGGAGCAUUUCUAGUGACCUUUUUAGCGGCGUCAGACCUCGAGUGAUCCCUAGAAUGGCUCAGAAACAGUCGGCGCUAUUUUCGUGAGGCUAUUUUUUCGUGACUUUUUUCUCGGAGCAAUUUUUAACGCGGCUAUUUUUCUGCAGUUUCUUCUUUUCACAAGUUUAUCAGGUCAAAACUCCUAAUAUUUGGCAUUUUUUGAACCUUUUCUUGAGUCAAAUAUAGUCUGUGUGCCACGACUUGAAAUUUCACCGAACGACAUUCCGCUGUUCCGCUGCGUGCGGCCGCGAAGCGUCUUUCGAAUCUAGGUCACGUUUUCAAUUUAUUGUUAUUGCUGAGGGAGCACAUGAAAGUAGAGUACCUGAAGAGAAAAAAAAAAGUUAAAAACGCGAUCGAGGUUCGCAAAGGCGCGCAACGGCACAGCGGAGUGUCGUUCCGUGAAAUUUCAAGUCGUAGUGCAUAUUUGACUCAAAAAAAGGUUCAAAAAUGCCAAAUAUUAGGAUUUUUGACCUGAUAAACUUGUGAAAAGAAGAAGAGUAAGAAAAUACUGCAGAAAAAUAGCCGCGUUAAAAAUAGCUCCGAGAAAAUAGCCUCACGAAAAUAGCUCCUACUGGUCACCAGAAAGGCUCCUAUAGGCUCUCCCCUCAAGGGACCACCUUUAAUACCCCUAUGGAGAGCACUAAACCUUGCAAAAAUGACCACUCUAAGGUUUUCAGUUAGUGGUCAUUCUAGGGGAGCAUGCUAGUGGAUACGUCUUUUCAACGUUCAAAUCAGAACGAAAAAUUUUAAAGAUCACUAUAGGGACCCCUUGGACUUGGGUCAGACUCUGAACUCUUAUAGGUACUACCUAAAAUUUAGCCCUCUAGGGAGCUUUUUUUUGUCCACUAUAGGGACCACUCUGGCGUUCUUAAGUUCGAAAAAAACGGGACUUUUCAGGUCGCCGAAAUGUUCAACAAGCACUACAAGAACUCGCGAGCAAAACGGAGCUAA